GUUCACCGCGCAGACGACGGCCCCGCUGGUGGCAAGGCUUGCUCCUAGGAGAGCGGCUCGACAUCCCGAGCAGCAAACCACCUACCGAGGACCCCUGUGGGACGAACUCCUCCUGUACCUUGAGAACCUUGACCCGCAGCACAGACCACAGAUUGUCAUGCUGCAAGAAAGUCACUGGGGCGAACACUGCGCUCGGACAUUCAAUUCAGGACGCUGGAAGGUCAUUACGUCGCCGGCCACCGACAACCAGUCGGCAGGAGUGGCUACCCUCCUUGAUCGGGGCCUUUGCAGCAACGGCCAGGUACUCCACACCGACCCGAUCCCAGGUCGUCUGCUACACGUCCGCCUCCAAAGGCCGGACUGGACACUUGACACCUACAAUGUCUACCGGAGACAAAUCGGCCAGGGAAGGGACACCGCCGAAGAAGUUCGGGCCCUGCGAAAUCGAGUGUGGCAGGCCUUUGAGGCAGUGCUUGCGAGGGCGCCACAAAGGCACACGAUACUGGCUGCAGGUGACUUCAACUGCCCUCUACGAGAAGGUGCCUGUGCAGGCCCAAGAUGUGCCCCGCAGGACACUAAGCCCCCUGCUGACCAAAGCUCCUUCCUUCGCGCCCUCGAGGACCAUCACAUGAUCCAGGUCAACUCCUGGCAAAGACAAGCAGGAGCAACUUACUACCAUGCCAAAGGCCAGACCCUCAUUGAUCAUGUCCUGCUCCGUAAAUCGCAGUGUGACCAGCGUGCCAAAACGGCCAAGCCGGUCAAAACAUCCCUGGCGGCGUGGCGGCAGGGAAGCUACCAUCUCCCAGUCCUGUGCAGUCUUCCCGUACAUCGUUUUCACAGCCUCAACAAGCCGAAGCAGCCCAAGAGAGAAUGGAACCACUGGGAUCUCAUUCGCAGCCUCCGUGACCCGCACUCAUCGCAAUUACAGGCCUUUCGGCAAGCGGUUGCUGCCGGCCUGUCGAAGGCCGUGGACGCCCCCACUAUUAAUGCCCUGCUAUGCAGCUGUGCCUCUCAAGUCUUCCCCCCGCAGGUCCGCCCGCAGAGGCUGACAGCGUGGCAAACCCAGCCCAUGCAGGUUGGGAUCAAAGGCAUGUGGCAAGCGUAUGCACAGUGGAAGCGCGUAGCCCUGCGAGGGAAUGGCGCCAUCCUACGAGUGUGGAGGAGCUAUGCGACGUUCAGAAAGGCGCAGCGGGACUUCAGGAAAGCGGGCAAGCAAGCUCGCAAGCAAUGGUUCAGCAACAGACUGCAGGACCUGCAGCAGGCGGCUGCAAGGAAGGACAUGCGGGCACUCUUCGCAGGCAUGCGCACCAUGGCGCCUAAGAAGAAGAAGAGCGAAGUUCAACUUAAGAGCCCGGACGGGCACCUGCAAUCGGCGGAGGCGCAAAUUCGGCAGCUCCGUGUGCACUACCAACAGGUCUACAAGCGUGACCCUCAGAAGCCCCCACCCACGACAAGGGCACAGCUCUGCAUUGAGGUUACAGAAGCCGAAGUUCAGCAGGCCCUGUCUAGCCUGUUGGCCCAUAAAGCCACGCCGCCCCACUUAGCUUCGACAGCGAUGUGGAAGGGCUGCUCGGACCUUUUGACCCCCCUCUUAACCCAAUGGGCUACAGGCCUCAAAGCCGUGCCCGGCUUGUGGAAGGAUGCCUGGUUGGUCUUGAUACCGAAGAAGCAGCGGAUUGUCUCCCCACGAGACCUACGACCCAUAGGGUUGACUGAGGCCAGCGGCCGGGCCCUCUCCCACAUACUACAGCAGCGCUUGCGACCGUACGUGGAGAGGUACCUUCACCAAGUUCCACAGUAUGCCUAUCUACGAGAGAAGCAUACUGGAGUGGCGAUUGCUCGGGCCCAACAUCACAAUUUGCUGGUUCAGCAAGCUUGCGAAUGCAAGUCAAGGACGGUGAUGGACGCUUACGAGAACAAGCCGCGGCAACAAAGGGCAUUCGCCGGAUGCCAACUCUCGCUGGACCUCACAAGCGCAUUCGAUGUUGCGGAUUGGGGGCUGAUCCAAGCUGCUUUGGAGGACGCCGACAUUCCCCAUGACCUCCGUGCGUGGGCCUUAUCCUGGUAUGAUGGCAUAACUUAUCACAUCCAACAUCUGGGUCAACAGGCGAAGGCAGAAGCGUCCAGAGGACUGCGCCAAGGAUGCAAAUUAGCACCAUUGAUAUGGGCCCUCCUCACAGCCUUUAUGCACAAACAGCUUGCAUUGUCUUUGGACGCCCAAUGGUUGGCGCAAGGUACCACCACCUUCGCGGAUGAUUUUCUGCUACAGGAUACAGCAGAGAAUUAUCUAGCCCUAGAGAGAGCGAGUACCAGAUUUGCCACCAUCCUCGAUUCCCUAGCAGACCACGGAAUGUGUAUCAACGCUAAAAAGUCGGCUUUUCUCAUUCGCUACAGAGGACACUUCGCAAGGAAGUGGAUGCGGCAACACACAGUCCGUACCCCAGAGGGUGACUACCUCCGAAUUCGCACCAAGCGGUCCAGGCUCUUUGAGUUCCCUAUCAAGGAUCAGCACACCUAUCUUGGGGUGGUACUCAGUUACCACUCAGCGCCUAAGCAAACGGUUGCCCAUCGCAUCAAGGAAGCCAAUGGAACCUGGCAGCGACUACGGCCCAUCCUGUGCUCUCGCAGCUAUCUGUCCGAGAAGGACCGGGUUCGACUGUGGAGUGCGACGGUCCUCCCCACUUUAGUGUACGGAGUCUCGGCCUCCUCGCCCGGCAUCAAGGAUGUGCAGCAAAUGCAAUAUGUUGCCACUCGCCACCUACGCGCCAUUGCUCGCUCCUUUGCGCACAUCAGCAAGGAAUCCACGCUCAAUCUGCUUGCUCGACUAAGGGUGGCCCCUAUUCACAAGAGGCUUCUUCAGGAAGCCACGGCCCUCUCGCAGACCCUUCUACGCCUGGAACAGGCACAGCAUCCCAUGCUGCCGGCAGUUCGGGAUCGAGUACGAGAGACGGCAGCGGCCCUACAAGCGGCUCAGAUCAGCACCGAAACGGCGGACCUAGGUGCCAUGCUAUGCGCGAUAGCCUGGACCAUGGACAAGCCAAGGCCUAUUUGCGCCACUGCUGUCCACUAUGCAAACAGUGGCAUGCGGACACUACCAGUCUUAAGCGCCACCUGA